AUCCGGCCGGCGCCUUUACUCUUUUUCUCCGCCCCCUCCCUUUCCGCCCGCCUGCCCUCUCGAAGCCGCCGCGGUCGGCGCUGCUAUCGCUGCCGUCGCUGCUUUGCGCGCCCUCACUGCCCCCCUGUACGCUGUCCGGCAGCGCCUCCGAUAUCCUCGGCUGCCCCAUGAAGCGAUGGCAGCGGUCAACUUCAGCAAGGUUCAGAUAGGGAUCUACGUGGAGAUCAAGCGCAGCGAUGGCCGAAUUCACCAAGCUAUGGUAACAUCUCUAAAUGAAGGUAAUGAAAGCGUAACUGUUGAAUGGAUUGAAAAUGGAGAUACUAAAGGCAAAGAGAUUGACUUGGAGAGCAUAUUUUCACUUAAUCCAGAUCUUGCACCUGAUGAUAUUGAACCUAGUCCAGAGACACCACCGCCUACUUCAGCAGCUAAAGUAAACAAAAUCGUGAAGAGUCGACGAGCCAUGGCGCCUAUAAAGAAUGACACUCCUGCCAAAGAUAACAGAGUGGUUGGUUCUGCAUGCACACGGCCUACUCAGCUUCCUGAACAGUCUUCCUCCUCACAACAGAAUGGUAGUUUUUCCGAUAUAUCUCCAGUUCAAGCUGCAAAAAAGGAAUUUGGACCCCCUUCAUGUAGAAAAUCCAAUUGUGUAAAAGAGGUUGAAAAACUGCAAGAGAAACGUGAAAAAAGAAGGUUACAGCAGCAGGAACUUAGAGAAAAAAGAGCUCAGGAUGUUGAUGCUACAAACCCAAAUUAUGAAAUUAUGUGUAUGAUAAGAGAUUUCAGGGGAAGUUUGGAUUAUAGACCACUGACAACUGCAGAUCCUAUUGAUGAGCACAGGAUAUGUGUUUGUGUACGAAAACGACCACUCAAUAAAAAAGAAACUUUAAUGAGAGACCUUGAUGUAAUAACAAUUCCUAGUAAAGAUGUUGUGAUGGUACAUGAACCAAAACAAAAGGUGGAUUUAACAAGGUACCUAGAAAACCAAACUUUUCGUUUUGAUUAUGCCUUUGAUGACAUGGCUCCUAAUGAAAUGGUUUACAGGUUUACAGCUCGACCAUUAGUAGAGACCAUAUUUGAAAGGGGAAUGGCCACUUGUUUUGCAUAUGGACAAACAGGCAGUGGAAAAACCCAUACUAUGGGUGGUGACUUUUCAGGAAAGAACCAAGAUUGUUCUAAAGGAAUAUAUGCACUUGCAGCUAGAGAUGUCUUUUUAAUGCUAAAGAAGCCAAAUUAUAACAAGUUAGAACUUCAAGUAUAUGCAACAUUUUUUGAGAUCUAUAGUGGUAAGGUUUUUGACUUGUUGAACAGGAAGACAAAAUUAAGAGUGUUAGAAGAUGGUAAACAGCAAGUCCAGGUGGUGGGAUUACAGGAACGGGAAGUCAAAUGUGUUGAAGAUGUUCUUAAGUUUAUUGAAAUAGGCAACAGCUGCAGGACAUCCGGCCAGACAUCUGCAAAUGCACACUCAUCUCGAAGCCAUGCAGUGUUUCAGAUUAUUCUCAGAAGGAAAGGGAAAUUGCAUGGUAAAUUUUCUCUGAUUGAUUUGGCUGGCAAUGAAAGAGGAGCAGAUACUUCUAGUGCAGAUAGGCAGACUCGACUGGAAGGUGCGGAAAUUAACAAGAGCCUUUUAGCACUCAAGGAGUGCAUUAGAGCCUUAGGCCGAAAUAAACCUCAUACGCCAUUCAGAGCAAGUAAACUUACUCAGGUGCUAAGAGAUUCAUUCAUAGGAGAAAAUUCCCGUACCUGUAUGAUUGCUACAAUUUCUCCAGGGAUAGCAUCAUGUGAAAACACUCUAAAUACAUUGAGAUAUGCAAAUAGAGUAAAGGAAUUUGGAAUUAGUCCUUCAGACAUUCCCUUCUCACAGGGUAGUGGCAGUCGCUCUGAUCUCUUUCCUUCCUAUGAGUAUGACGACUUUUCUCCUUCAAUCACCAGGAUGAAGGAGUUGAUGGUUGAUCCCAGUGCUGCAGGAGCUAUCUGUCCUAUUAUACACCAUGCUCCCAAUCAGAUCGAUGACUUAGAGACACAGUGGGGUGUGGGGAGCUCUCCUCAGAGAGAUGAUCUCAAACUGCUUUGUGAACAAAAUGAAGAGGAAGUUUCUCCACAGUUGUUUACUUUCCAUGAAGCUGUGUCACAAAUGGUGGAAAUGGAAGAGCAAGUAGUAGAAGACCACAGGGCUGUCUUCCAGGUAAAAGAUGGAGCCUACCUUGUUUUAUCCUAA